UCCGCCUUCUCUUUUGUAGGGUUUGUUGUCUCCAUUCUCUCAUUCUUCACACACCACUAGCGAGAAAAGAGAGGAGCGAUCAGAAAAGAUGCCGGCCGGACAUGGACUCAGGGCUCGGACGAGGGACUCGUUCUCCAGAGGCUUCAGGAAGCGCGGAACCAUCCCGUUGUCCACCUAUCUCCGGACCUACAAAAUCGGACAGUACGUUGACAUCAAGGUGAACGGAGCCGUUCACAAGGGUAUGCCUCACAAGUUCUACCAUGGCCGCACCGGCCGCGUCUGGAACAUCACCAAGCGCGCCAUCGGAGUUGAAGUCAACAAACAGGUUGGUAACAGGAUUAUCAGGAAGAGGAUUCAUGUUCGCGUAGAGCAUGUUCUGCCUUCUCGAUGCAAUGAGGAAAUCAAGCAUAGAAUCAGGAGAAAUGAUGAAUUGAAGGCUGCAGCAAAGGCAAGAGGUGAAGUCAUCAGUACCAAGAGGCAACCUGAAGGCCCCAAACCUGGUUUCAUGGUGGAAGGUGCAACUUUGGAGACCGUAACUCCAAUUCCAUAUGAUGUGGUCAAUGAUCUCAAAGGGGGUUACUAAGUUCGUGCUGUUUUGGAGUACUCUCUGUUUGUUUAUCGCUUAAACAAUUAAAGACUUAAAAAUCUGUUUUUCUCCUGAUAGACUUCAAAUUAGUGCAGAUUUGGUAUUUUUGCAAUAUUAGUAGAGGCAUUGGGCAUUGAGUUUUGUGUUUAAUGAAAGCAAUGUUGACAAAAUGAUGAUGUGGUACCUGUUUCCAACAAUUUUUGUUUUCGAGCAAUGUCACUUUUGUUGCUCCUGACUUGAGUAUGUGUUUUCUGCACCGGAUAUGUUGUAGCUUCUGUGGAUGAGCAA